AUGGGGACCGACUGGCGGGAGGUGCUCGCCCCCUCAGUCCAGUAUGUGCGGCUGAUGUGGUGCGAUGCGGCCGGCAUCAGGCGGGUGGUGCCUCGCCGCAAGCUGGAGCAGGCGAGCAAGACGGGGGUGGGCAUGGCAUACGCCUGCAUGUGGCUGCCGGCCUGGGGGGACUCGUGCAUUGAUGACCCGGCGGGCGUCCCCGUGGGAGAGAUGCGGCUGGUGCCCGACCCCACAGCGGCCCACGUGCUGCCCUGGAUGCCCAGCCACGCCAUCGCCCUGGUCACCAUGUGCAAGCAGCAUGAGCCGUGGGAGUGCUGCCCCCGCACAGUGCUGAAGCGGGUGCUGGCGGGGGCGUUCCAGGAGCGAGGCCUUACUUUCCAGAUGGGAUUCGAGCUGGAGUUUUACCUGCUGCGCCUGCCCAAGGAGGGCGAGGGCGGCGGCAGCGGCGGCGGUGGGGGCCUGCCGCCUCCCUUGGACACCAGCAACUACUGCCACAGCGGGUCGUUCGAUGCGGCGGCGCCGGGCCCCGGCCAGUUUGAGAUCGCCACCGGCCCCGCGCCGCCGCUCCAGGCCGCCGACUCGCUGCUGUUCAGCAUGGAAGCGGUCUCUGCUGUGGCCCGCAAGCACGGCCUGCUGGCCUCCUUCCUGCCCAAGCUGCGGCCGCGGGAGGCGGCCUCGGGGCGGCACUGCCACGUCAGCGUGUGGCGCGGCGACGCCAACCUGCUGCGCCACGAGGCGCCGGCGGCGGCGGCGGCCGCGGGCGCGCCCGCCGCGCCGCCGCGAGUCUUCAAGCUCGCGGGCAGCGGCGAGCCCGCGCUGCCGGGGCUGGCGCCCGAGGGCGAGGCCUUCCUGGCGGGGGUGCUGCGCCACCUGCCCGCCCUCACAUGCUUCACCAGCCCCUCGCCCAACUCCUUCCGCCGCCAGGCGCCGCACUGCUGGACGGGAGCCUACCAGUGCUACGGCCCCAACAACCGGGAGGCCGCGCUGCGCCUGUGCUCCACGCCCGGCGUGCCAGACGCCGCCAACGCCGAGCUCAAGGCCUGCGACGCAUCAUCCAACCCGCACUUGGCGGCGGCCGCCCUGAUCGUGGCGGGCCUGGUGGGCGUAGAGGAGGGCCUGAACCUGCCUCCCCCCGUGGAGCUGGACCCCGGCAACCUCACCGACUCGCAGCGCAAGGCGGCGGGCAUCCGGCCGCUGCCCGCCACGCUGGGCGAGGCGCUGGAGGCGUUUGAGGCGGACAGGGAGUUCCAGCUGGCGCUGGCCUCCGCCUUUGGCACCCCCACGCUGCCGCGCGCCUUCAUGGCGGUGCGCCGCUCCGAGUGGGAGCACUUCCGGGAGAUGCCGCUGGAGCAGGAGGCUGCGGCGCUGUACGCGCGGUACUGA